GAAUUUGCUGUUCUGUGGGUUUAGGAAUGAGUUAAUUUUGUAGAAUUGCACAAUCCAAGGAACAUAAUGUCAUUCAAGAACCACGCCUUGAGCAUGCCUCCAUCUUUACAAUGUAAAGGUCAGCACAUCAGGAGGGGAACAGGUUAGAGGGUUGGCAGGGUAUUCGGGAAUGAAAAUUAAAGCUUCAAAGGAUUAGUCUAAAUGCUCCAAGUCCACAAACCAAAAGCGGUUCCUUUAAGUGGGGGUGGAGCUGCCACUUCCUGGAGCUGAAAGAAUGGCCAGCCUCUAGUCUCUGAAGUGUACACUGCUCAGCGACGCUAAACGCCACCACGACGUUUUCUGGGUUGGGCUACGCCUGCGCUGCGAGGGAGCAUCCCAGGGUGCUGCGCGUGCUUACCGCUGGCCCCGCCUUCAGGAGUAAGACAUGGUGUUGUCGGAGCUGGCAGCCCGCCUCAAUUGUGCCGAGUACAAAAACUGGGUGAAAGCAGGACAGUGCCUGCUGCUGCUGCGCAGCUGCCUGCAGGGUUUCAUAGACCGUGAAGUGCUCUCCUUCCAUCGUGGACUGCUGGCUGCAGUCCCUGGCCUUGGUCCCCACGCUACCUGCCGCGGCGGUUCCCGGUGCAGCCCACGCGCUCGCCAGUUUCAGCCUCAGUGUCAGGUAUGCAUAGAGUGGAAACGCGAAAUCUUGAGGCAUCACAUCAACAGAAAUGGAGACGUGCACUGGGGAAAUUGCAGGCCAGGCCUCUGGCCCGUGGACCCUUGGGAGGUAGCCAAGGCCUUCAUGCCCCGAGGACUGGCGGACAAACGAGGACCUGAGGAAUGUGAUGCGGUUGCUCUUUUAAGUCUCAUCAACUCCUGUGAUCACUUUGUGGUUGACCGGAAGAAGGUCACAGAGGUGAUUAAGUGUCGAAAUGAGAUAAUGCACUCUUCAGAGAUGAAAGUUUCAUCUACUUGGCUUCGAGAUUUUCAGAUCAAGAUCCAAAAUUUUCUGAACGAAUUCAAGAAUAUCCCAGAGAUUGUAGCAGUAUAUUCCAGAAUAGAACAGCUGUUGACAUCUGACUGGGCUGUUCACAUCCCCGAGGAAGAUGAACGAGAUGGGUGUGAGUUUGAAACUGGAAGUUGCUUGAGUGUGAGCCAAAUCCACGAGAUUGAAAUAGAAUUGCUGAAGGAAAAACUGCAAGAAAUGUAUCUUCAAGCAGCAGAAGAAGAGAUAUUGCCAGAAGAGAUCUCAAAUCAACUGGAUGUGGUAAAAGGUUUUCUGAGAAGCAACACAGAUCUUAGAAACAGCCUUACAGAAGACUUGCAGAAGCUAGACAGCCUCCAUCUACAGCAUCAAAAACAAACUUCAAAGGAUGCUGGUAGACAGACACCUGAAAGGAAGGCUUGAGCUGCUCAGUCCCAGGGUCUUUGGCAUUAGACUGCUUCAUGUCACCUCUGGACGUUGAAUGUUCCCCGAACUACCUAGAAGAAACUCUCCACGCCAAGGCUCGGCAAAGAUGAAGUCACUCCCUCACCUGGUCAGCUGCCUGCCCAACAGGGACCCUCCAGAGAGUGGGUAGCAAUAGAGACUGGAUUUGGCAUGUAUUUCAACUUUAUAACCCAAAUGAGUACAAAUGUGCUUGCAGCUUGCUUAUUUCAUCUUCCAGGUUGCUGUUUAGUUUACAGUCUUAGGGUUUCUUUCUCCUUUCAUUUGUUAAAGUCCUUGAGAAGACUUCAAGUAAAGCAAGAUUUUGCAUUUACUUUGCAACUUCGUCAGAGGGAAAAAAAAUCAGUUCCCUUCUAGAUCUGAAGUACAAAACAUAGAAUCUUGAUGCACUAACCUACAGAGACCUAGUUUCUAACUGUAGCAAGUUUGAGAUCCUAACCUUUCAUUUUACUCUUGUCUAGUUAUUUUGUCCUUAAUCAAUUUAGCACACACCAAGUGUCAACCCUGUGGCAGACACUGAAGUAGAUACAAAUGUAACAAGUGGUGAAAGAUCUUACUACCUUUAUCUGCCACUCUCACAGUUUAGAGGUAUUGUUCAGAGAACUAUACUAGUAGCAUUUCAUUGAAUUGAAACAGAAAAAGGAAGACCCUUGUAUAAAGGGCUCUAAGGCAGAUGUGCUGAACACAGAGGUAUCAGCCUGCCGCAUCUCUUCCACAGAACCGUGCCUGCAUAUGUCCGAAUGGAUGUUCACAAGUUGAGGACCUACUAAAUAAGGUGUAGAACAUCUGUCCUAUACCACAUGUCUUAGUCAGGGUUUCUAUUCCUGCACAAACAUCAUGACUAAGAAGCAAGUUGGAGA